GGUGGCUGUGUGCCGCGCUAUUACGCCUUCCUCUCUUCUCUGUGUUGUCAACACGCUCUCGCCUACGCCAACACCAACUUGAGCUAGCGUUAGCGUCAUGGUCGAGACUCGAGGAUGACGUCCGUGAUGGGAGCACAGCCCGAUGAGUGGCACAUACAAAAGGGCUCGUCGACGGGGCGGUUGGGACACCCUCUCACCUCUUUCCCUACGACACCCUAGCGCCCCUUGCCCUACAUCAUUUGCGACCCUGUCAUGUCAACUGAGAAGCAGACUGCAGCUCCCCAGGACGCUACUACGGUGACGUCUUCUUCGUCCCGUCAGAUCUACGCUCCGGAUGGCGCCCAGACCAUCUGGGACGCUGAAGCGUACCGCAAAUAUGACAACGACUUGUGGGGUACCUCUACCAGCGGGAAUUACAACGCGCUUUACGGUCUCUACAUCGAGCAGGACUCCCUCUAUGCCGAGCCACAUACCAUCAAAAUCACAGAUGCCGAGGGCGGGAUUCUGUGGCAUUUCCUCUUCCCACUCGGCACGUCAGUGAGCUCGCUAGUCAACAGAGGAACAAUCUACAUGAUUCCGGGCGACCAGACACAAGAUAAUGUGAGCGAGGCGGAUUGUCUGGAGGCGCGCUCUGAAAGCUUACAUUUUAAGGGUCUUUGCCAGCCUCGAAAGGGGAGGAAAGGACACGGAUUCCCGUGGAGCAAAGGACCCAAGCCCGCAACAUCAGACGGAUAUACCUGGAAACUUCCUCUGAGCGCAAACACUGUGGAAGACAUCGAAGAGAGAAUGUCGGAUCUGGCUGGCUCGGUGUCUGAAGAUAAGCACCAAACGGUUGCGGAUGAGCGAGGCUGCAGGAAUCGCGACUACAUUGAAUUCACGGUACCUUCAGCGACGAAUGGUCAAACCGACCGGACCUUUGUCUGGCUUUGCACAGUGAGUUCAAUGAUGUAUAAAUAGAGGUUCUCCCACGCUGACGCUUUGAUCGAAGGGCAUCAUGAGAAACUAUUGCUAUACCAGAUGGGAUCAGUGCAGGUACUCUCUGGUCGAGAAAGGAACUUCCGUGCAGUACGGCGACUUCCA